AUGUUCCAAAGGCCCCAAAGCUGGCCUGGCAGUGGGAGCACAGGAGCCCCUGAGUCCUGGAGGGGGAAGAGCAGGAAGCAGGAAGGAGCCGAGCUGGCGGAGAAGGGUCGUGGGUGUGAAGGGCAGCCCUGGCCCAAACUUCAGGACAAUUUAAGAGACAACCUUAAGAGCUCUAGGAACUGGUUCACAGCUCGAAUUAGGAAGGUGGAGGGCAGGGCAGCGCCUGAGCAAGCGCGAGGCAGCUCGGUCCUGGGAUGCAACAGAGCGGGUGCAAGAGGGAUCCGCGGAUGGGGAGCUGGCUUCCACCUGGCUCGCGUGCCCCGGUGGCCCGGCCUGCUGCGCAGAGCCGAACCAACGGCCCUUCCCCCAGAUUGGAAGCUUCUUGGGGAAGGGUCACAGAGCCGCCUCCACUGUGGGCUCUGCCGGGCGCUGAGCCGGUGGCUGGUUAGGCCUCUCCGAGUCCGCCCCUUCCUCGGACUGGGGGAAGCAGGUCGGGGUUGGGUAGAUCCCGCAGUCUGGGCAGCGGGAGCGCCGGGGCCAUUUCACUCUGACUUGCGGGAGGAGGGAGAGGCGGAUGCAGCGCGCAGCGCGCAGCGCGCUCCACUCCCUGUCGUUGCGCCGGCCCGCAAUAAAAAGUGUCGCCCUCCACUUGGUGUGGGCUGCACCCAGAAGUUGCUCCCAUCGGCUCCCGGGCACGCACGAACGAGUCGACUCGCACGCUGGAAGCCAGUGAGUCGUCGGAGAGACUUGCUACCAAGAGCCCCGCGCGCCACGCCAUCCCCGCCCGACUGGCCCCCGACGCCCUGUGCCCUACGGCCCUCGCCCUUCCCGCACCCUGUGCUGCACGCUCUCCCCGGCCUGGCCCGCGCGCUACUUUUCCCGGCCUACUGGGCCCUGGACCAGCUGCUGGGCUGCUGGGCGCCGGCCGCACGCCCAAGCGACCAGAUCUGGCUGAGCGCCGCAGCGGGCGCCGGAGCGGCUCUGCUGCUGCUGCUUCUUGUCGGCCCGCCUCUGGCGCUGCCGGACCUGCUGCUCUGGCUGCUGCUGCAAGCCUGGCGCCGUCCCUUCUGCUACCAGCCCCCUCCGCAGUGCGGGGCGCCCCCCACGCCCUGGCGCCCCCCAACUGAGCCCGCGCGCAGCUUCAGCUUCUUCAGCGCCAACCUGUGCCUGCUCCCCUACGGGCUGGCGCGCUUCAGCAACUUGCCGCACAGCCAGCGGCGGGCCGAGACCGUGGGCGCCGUGCUGCUCGCCGGCCUGCGGCAUUCGCCCUAUGGGGCUACCGGCUGCAGUUCGCCAGUGCAGGGGAUGCCGUGCGGGGUGCUGAUAGGCGCCAUGCCAGCGAGUCUGGACUUCACGUGCCUGCAGGAGCUGUUCGAUCUUCGCGCAGAGCGACGCCUGGUGAGCCGCCUGGCACCCAAUCUGGGCCCGGUGUCGUACGACGUGGGCACAUUCGGCCUGCAGCCCGGGCUACACCUGAAGCUGCUGGGCAGCGGGCUGCUGCUGGCCUCGCGCUACCCGCUGCUACGCGCGGCCUUGCAGUCCUUCCUCACGCACGUCGCGAGGAUGCGCUGGCCUCCAAGGGACUACUUUCUGCACAGGAACGCGGCUGAGCACCUCCAAUCUCCGCCACUCCGUGGCCUGCUCCGCGGAGAUGCUGAGGGGUGUGGCCACCUGGGGGCCAGGCAACGCCCGGAAGGAGGGCUGCCCUGACCUUGCCGACGCCGCCACCCUCCUCAGGGCCUUGGAGCAGGGGGAAGGGCGCCGCCGGCGCCUGGACUACGUCACCUACCGGGGAGGACCCGGGGGCAUUCUGAGCCCAGGAAGUGCCAGAGCUCAGGGUGCUGGGCCUGCUGGCGCUGGGGCGACUCCUCAGUCUGACUCCUGCCCCCAAGAGGUGGAACAGGUGACUUUCAGCACCGCCCUGGCGGGGCUUACGGACCACCUGGCUGUGGGACUUCCAAGCCCUCCUAAGGCAGGUACGGAGGAGACAGGUGCCAGCACGGGUGGAAAGACAGACAGGGACGCAGAACGUGAGCCUGGCCAGC